GCUAAAGUAAUUCGUCUAAGGAUAAACAGCAUUAAAGUGAUAACUUGGAGUUCAAACGGUGAGUAAGCCGGUGCUGCUCUGUUCGUAUCUAAAAGGGCAACACGUUGCAUGUUGAUUUCUGCAGCAUUUGGAAACAAUACUAGGGUAGUGUAACCCAGACGCUCAACGUUCAUACUCGGAGUUUCCCACACGGACUGUAUUUUGUCUCAUAUCUGAACAGGAGCGAGUAUACUACUAUACGUUCCCUAAUAUCCGACGGCAAUACAUUAAAUCGGUUCUGUUCGCAACUGGAUGUGAGUAGAAACUAUUUAAGAGCACUGGGCCGGAUCUUGGGAACGUAUUCAUGCUCUAUUGUCCAAGUUGAGAGCCUAAACAGGGCGACUUAUGAUCUCAGCAACAUGGUGGAGAACAACACCGACGCAUUCGUAGGAUCUAGUGAGGAGGAGACCUCGAACCAAUCGCCUUUAUACCAAGUCAUGGGUAUUUUGAGUAUUGUCGUCUGUUGCAUCAUCGUGCUCACUGGUGUGCUGGGAAAUCUACUCGUUAUCAUUGCUGUGUUUAUAAACAAACAGAUGGGAAAUACGCCAAACAUUCUGAUCGCAAGUCUUGCGGUGGCGGAUUUGUCGUUCAUCGUUCUGUGUGUGCCUUUCGCUACCUAUGCUGCGCUUCGGGCGAAAUGGCCUGUUGGACAAGCGAGUUGCAAGGUUCUAAGUUACGCGACAUUUGCGACUUCUUGUAUCAGUAUAUUCACAUUGAUUCUGAUGUCUCUGGACCGUUACCUAGCAAUCGUUCACCCCGCAUCAAGAAACAUUCGAACUAAGCGCAACGCGUACAUCGGUAUCGCAACGACCUGGGUAGCUGGACUAUCAGCAAACAUCCCAGUGUAUUUCACAUUCAGAGUCGAGGAGUAUGCGGUUAACGAAGAGCAAAGAUCUCGCUGCUCCCCCACUUCGUGGCCAAAUGCACUGUUCACAACUUUCUUCGUAACUGGUUACAUCAUUCCGUUGUCAAUCAUCAUCAUUCUGAACGGACUGACAGUGAAACAUAUGUUGUGUGACGUCAAUAUUAUCGUCAGCCAAUCAGAAGAAAGCAUGCGAUGCCGCCGCCGAGCAAGUAAAAUGGUUGUUGUUGUCGUGGCCGUAUUUGCUAUCUGCUGGCUUCCUAACCAUAUCCGCCUCAUGUACAUUUCGUACAGAGCCGAUCCGAAAACCACAGAAUUCUAUAUUUUAGCGACUAUCUCGCAGAUUCUUUGCUAUUCUAACAGCUGCGUCAAUCCAAUCAUUUACAGUUUCAUGUCGGAAAAUUUUAGGAAGGAAUUCCGUAAACAUCUGUGUUGUGAACACACGGGUGUGUAGAACUACAAUACAGUUCCUUGGAGAUUCUAAUGAAGGGAUUACUCUCUUCUGUAGUGUUUUUCAAAUUGUUCCGGCCAAAGGUACUCAGUUGAAGUCAGGAAUGUGACCAGAUCACAUUUACCAAAAGUCAGUGGUGUUGCACAACACUAGAUCCUUCAGGUAGGCCUAACCAAUGCUCUUUCACGGUGUCAACUAAAACUGGUCAACUAUGACACCGGCUGCACAGGGCAGCGAAACACUACUAUUUGAGUGACAAGUUGUCAGCCAAGGAACUUCGGUUAGAUCUGUUAGAAAAACACUAUAAAUUCUCUUCAGACUAAUUAAAAGGAGAUAAUGAGGAUCAUCUUGAAGCAAAAAACCUAUAACGUGUUCAUUUUGCUUGUAAUAUCGACUCUCUCUCAGCAAAAAUCCUCCUGAAUGCCAGAAAAACCUUUACAGUUCGACGCAGUAAAAAGACAUUUGUUUGCAUCGUAGCAUCAGAGUGCUGAGUCAUAACGCGGCCAAGUCUCUGGAAAAUUCUCUGCAAAAGUCUAAUCAAAAACCAGUGUUACCGAUGUAUAGAAAGCAGUUUUCGGCAUCAUCCAGCACCAUCCAUUAGGUAGAUGCUCUAAAGAUACAUUAAAAGAAUUUAAAAGUAAAAUUGUGUCAAAACUCCCACAGACAAACGCCCCCUGAUUUCCGGUUUGGGUGUGUUACCUAUUUGAAGUUUGUUGCCGCAUCGCUUUCUUCAGUUGGUGUCACGUGACACCGGAAUUGAUCAUGUGACGAACAAGGAAACGGAAGAUCAUUAGAUGGGUGUCACGUGACUCGAGCUCGCGACUUCCAUAUUGGUGAUUUUUUGGCGCCAGUGACUUUUAAACAUUUCGUUGUGUCAACUGUUACUGAUGUACUUUGUUUAAAAUCUUGUCCCAAGGCAAACUCAAUUAAAUACUCCUUAUUCAAAUCUACUAUAUGUAAAGAAAUGUAUACGGAUAUGAAUUGCUAUCGGACAUUUCUGUGAUUCUGAAGAAAAAAACGCCUUCAAGCCUGCAGUGUUAGAAUCUCUCUCAUGGUUUUCUGAUGGAUAUUUCGAAGCUAUGAGAUAUGCUUGAUAUCGCUUACAUAUGAUUCUGAGAAUAAAUUCAUCAAAUUCCAAACGGAUGGAAAGUCACAGAAUAUUUUGUAUCACAACGAGUUACGUGUGGUAGAACUGUUCCGCCUUUUGGUGUCAUGAAUACCUCAGUAGCUUCACCAAUAAAUGAAUGUUUGUUAUAAGCAAAUCUACGGACUACUAUUCCGUUAUAAGGUCGCUGACAGUACGUAGAAACAAAGAUGGAUCAGAUCUACAAGAGCAUACACCAUUUGAAUUGGUAUAUUGUAUCGCCAAAACAUGAGGUCACAAUGAUCAAUCCCCUAAUGUUUCAUUACAACAGCCCGAAUAGAAAUUCAUUACUUUAAAUCCAAAUUAGUUUAAAUUCAGUCACAACAUAACGGGCGCUUUGUACAUUAGGUUGAUUUACCUUUGUUGUUUUAGGCUGAUUGAGCAUUCUGAAAGCAGUUUCAUGUGGUAGAUGUUAUCAGGUUUUGCCCUGAUAAUCUUUUUAUAAACAGGAGAACAAUUGGAAUUUAAACCUAGGUGAGAGCGGGCUUUGUCUAAAGACAAUAGACCGUGUAUUGG